AGCAUUUCUCACCUGCCGUCGUAAACAGCUAACAAUCCUCAAGUCAACAGACGUCAUAUGUCUCAUUAACCGCUUCUGUAUUUCUCGCUCGCUUUUUUCUGAAACUUUUUAUUGUGUAAUUUCGUAUUUUUAAUAAUUUAAUCAAUACGUUUGAUGGAAACCGAAGGAAUUUAACUUAUACAAACUUUUCCGGAACAGACGAAGACAUACUACUGGACUUCUUGAUAUUAAUGUUUGUUAGACCUUGAAUAUCAUAUUUUUGAAUAUUUGGGAGUAAAAAAAAGGACAAAAUUUGUAGAGGAAUUGAAGACAAAAACGAAGAGAAGUUAACGCCAAAGUGAGGCGAGCGCCAUCUCCUCCACUCUUCGCUAUGGAUAUUUAACUGUUCAGUUUGACGGACUCUCUUCAUACUGGAAAUAUUAAAAGACGAGGAAGAUAAAGAUAAAGACGAGGAUGAAGGCUGCUGUGUGGCAGGUGUUCGUUCUAUGUCUCGCGAUUCGCGCACCUGCACGCGCUCAAGUAACAGUGUGUACAGGGACUCAGAACUUGUUGAGUGUUACUGGAAGCUCUGAGGUUCAGUACAAGCUCAUGAAGGAGAUGUACACGGGCUGCCAGAUCGUCAUAGGAAACCUGGAGAUCACACAGAUGGAAAACAGCCGGGACUUCUCUUUCUUACAGUCUAUCCGUGAGGUAACAGGCUACAUCCUCAUAGCUAUAAACCAGUUUAGACAUUUACCACUGGAACAACUUCGAGUCAUCCGAGGGACAUCUCUGUAUGAGGAUAGAUUUGCUCUCGCCAUCCUCGUCAACUAUCAGAAAGAUGGAGUGCAUGGACUGAAGGAGCUAGGCCUCACACACUUGACAGAGAUCCUGGAGGGUGGAGUACAGAUCAUUCAAAAUAAAUUCUUGAGCUAUGCACCGCAGAUUAAUUGGCUAGAUAUUGUGAAGGACAGUAGCGCAGAAGUAAAAAUUGAAGACAAUGGACCUAAACUUCCAUGCCAUGAGUCUUGUGGGAGUCGUUGUUGGGGUCCAGGAAAUGACACUUGCCAAAUCUUGACUAAGACAGUGUGUGCACCGCAAUGCAACGGCCGGUGUUUUGGACGCAGUCCCAGUGAGUGCUGCCACAUCGAGUGUGCCGGAGGCUGCACUGGACCUCUUGACACCAACUGCUUUGCCUGCAGAAAUUUCAACAACUCUGGGUCAUGCGUGCCGCAGUGUCCACAAGCUCUUCUCUAUAAUAAAGUGACGUUCAAACUGGAACCCAAUCCUAAUGCCAAAUACCAGUUUGGCUCGAUUUGUGUGUCACAGUGUCCUCCUAACUUUUUAGUAGAUGGCAGUUCGUGUGUUAGCAGCUGUCCAGCAGACAAGAUGGAGGUGGAUAAAAAAGGGGUCAAAAGAUGUGAGCCGUGUGGGGGUCUCUGUCCAAAAGCAUGUGUGGGCACUGGUACACCCUCCAGACAGACCGUGGACUCUCAGAACAUCGACAGCUUCAUAAACUGCACUAAGAUUCAGGGCAGCCUGCACUUCCUUGUAACAGGAAUAAAAGGAGAUGAAUAUAAUAAUAUUAGUGCACUUGAUCCAAAGAAACUGAAGAUCUUCAACACUGUCAGAGAAAUUACAGACAUUCUAAGUAUUCAGUCUUGGCCUGAAGAGAUGGAAGAUCUCUCUGUCUUCUCAAAUCUUGCCACCAUACAGGGAAGAUCACUUUACAGAGGAAUAAGUUCUAAGAGGGUUUACUCCCUUUUGGUGAUGAGGAUUCCUACGUUGAAGUCACUGGGUCUUCGAUCUCUCAAGCGGAUUGGUGACGGAGGCAUAUACAUUACAGGAAACACACAGCUCUGCUAUCACCAUACUGUUAACUGGACUCGCCUGUUUGGCCCUCGGGCCCUGCGCCGCCCGAAAACCCUUGACAUCAAAGAGAACCACCCACAAGAGCAAUGCAUUGAGGAGGGGCAUGCGUGUGAUCCCCUGUGUUCAUCUGAGGGCUGCUGGGGUCCAGGACCCGAUCAGUGUCUGUCCUGCAAGAACUACAGCAGAGACGGAACAUGCGUACCACACUGCAACUUCCUGUCAGGUGAACAACGAGAAUUUGCAGGGCCGAAAGGAGAGUGUAUGGUGUGUCACCAGGAGUGUGCGGUGCAGUGGAACAAACACACCUGCACAGGACUGGGUGCUGACAAGUGUGAGGCGUGUAAAAAUUUGCAGGAUGGGCCAUACUGCGUGUCCUCGUGUCCAGAGGGGGUUCAGGGGGAAAACGGACUCAUCAUUUACAAGUUCCCCAGUGCCAAAUACAAAUGUCAACCAUGCCAUGCCAACUGCACCCUGGGAUGUUUGGGUCCAGGCCAGAAUGAUUGUGUGGAUUCCUCCAGGUCAACUGCUGGGUUGCCAGUGACAGCAAUAGUGCUGAGUGUUAUAUUUGGUGUGCUGGUCGCAUUCUCAGUGUUUGUGCUAAGUGUUCUCUAUCGCAGAAGUGUUGCCAUUCGUAGAAAACGUGCCAUGAGAAGAUAUCUGCAGAGUGGAGAGAGUUUUGAACCACUGGAUCCUGGAGAAAAAGGACUGAAAGUUCAUGUUCGGCUCCUGAGAGUUUCUGAGCUACGGAAGAUCAAACCUCUCGGCUCUGGAGUGUUCGGCACUGUCCACAAGGGAGUAUGGAUACCAGAGAGAGACACAGUGAAGAUUCCAGUGGCUAUCAAGACUAUUCAAGACCGCACGGGUCGACAGACCUUCCAUGAAGUGACAGAUCAUAUGUUGGCAAUGGGGAGUCUGGACCAUCCAUAUAUUGUGCGACUCUUAGGUAUCUGUCCAGGACCCAGUUUGCAACUGGUCACUCAGCUCAGCCCACAGGGGUCCUUACUGGAACACAUCCGCCAGCGCAGAGAGAGCCUCAACCCUCAGAGACUACUUAACUGGUGUGUGCAGAUUGCCAAGGGUAUGUACUAUCUAGAAGAGCAGAGAAUGGUCCACAGGAAUCUCGCUGCCCGGAACAUUCUGCUCAAGAGUGACUUUAUAGUUCAAAUAGCCGAUUAUGGCAUUGCUGAUCUACUCUACCCUGAUGACAAGAAAUACUUCUUCAAUGAAAUUAAGACACCAAUUAAGUGGAUGGCCCUUGAAAGCAUUUUGUUCCGCAGAUACACACACCAGAGUGAUGUAUGGAGCUAUGGUGUGACAGUCUGGGAAAUGAUGUCAUAUGGGGUGGAGCCUUACUCUGCUAUGCGACCACAGGAAGUACCUGAUCUGUUAGAGAAAGGGGAACGUCUCUCUCAACCUCAGAUCUGCACCAUAGAUGUUUACAUGGUCAUGGUCAAAUGUUGGAUGAUUGAUGAAAAUGUUCGGCCAACUUUCAAGGAGCUAGCCAAUGAGUUCACGCGAAUGGCCAGAGACCCUUCCCGGUAUCUUGUCAUCAAAGAGGAGUACUGCACUCCUGACUCAGCCUCAGAUGAGUCACACCAGAGAGGCACUGAGAUGAACAUUCUAGGGGUGGCGCUGGAGGACCAGGAAGAAAAUGCACUAGACACGCCACCCUACGUAACACCAUCUAGAAGUUUCUCUAGAUUGCGAAUAGAUUCUUAUCGGUCAAGUUUGACUCAGUCCAAUGUUGCUGGAUAUUUGCCAAUGACCCCUGGUCUGGAGAGCUCUGUACAGACGGCGUGGGCAUCCCGAUCCCGCCUGGACUCAGCCUGCACUGUUUCUGAGAGCUCGGAAGGGCGGGGGACUGCAUUGGAAAUAGAAAUGAACGAGGACUUCUCAUCGGUUGGCAGCAUGAGGAGGGUAACACAUCGUGAGGACAGUGCUUACAUGUCUCAGCGGGACAGCUUAUCAGGGCCUCCAGGGACACAAGGAGAAGAGGACCAAAACGGAUACGUGUUGCCUGGAUUCGGUGAAAGUCCAGAGAAAGAAACUCUUCUCUUCACAUCACCACGUGCAACACUUUCUCAAAGAAAAUUGUCAAGAGGUCAUUCCGGCGACCUUUUAGAAGCCAGCAAUGGGGCAAAUGACGAGUACGAGUAUAUGAACAACCAGACCCUUUCUCUCGGACAUAUACCAGGGCAGCCUAAAGAUUAUAGUCUGCGUCCGACACGAAACCGUAGUGCUUCCUUUAAUCCUGGGGGGAUGUACAGCAAUCGCAAAUCUCCAGGCUCCAGCAGACCCAGUAAGAGAUCAUCAAUUGAGGGCUCAGAGAGUAGCGGAGGUUUCUCGCUGUCCUCAACUGACCAAAGGAGUCACAGCGACGGUGAUUUCCUUUCCAGUGAAGCAGAAUACACAGAUGCCGAUUUGGAUCCCCAAGAGGUUCAGUAUGAGUACAUGGACAUUCGUGGUGGUGGGGGACCAGCAAACAACACGCUACUUAAACUCCACCUCCCAAGACCUUUUCCCCAUCCUCAUCUCAGUAAAUUGCCACAAGAUAAUGAAGAUGAGUAUGUGGAGGAGGACUAUCAGUACACUAACCGGCAGCCACGGCUGAGGAAUUCGCUCCUGGUGCAGGGUUUAAUGGAAGGGGAAGUGUGUGAGUAUGAGGAAAUGGACUCGUUGGCUAUCGGUGGAGCUGUUGAAUACCAAAACCUAGAAGGAGAGGUUGAGGAGAACAUUGGGCCAAGGGAUGGAGAAUGGUCAGGCAAACCGCAGAAGCCAGAGCGAGAAGCAUAUGUGAAAUUGCAUGCUGGGAUGGAACAUAACGCUUUUGAUAAUCCUGACUACUGGCACAGCAGGUCAUUUCAUAAAUCCAAUGCUGUUCGCACAUAAGAAUAGAGAAUGGGUUGAAGGAACUGUGGACAUAAACUCAGGAGAUGUUAGGAAGAUGGAAUAUUUUGAACAAAUGUAGGUUGAACUGUCUUGAAUUAUCAGUGUUUAAGAUAUAAUUCAAUUAUGCACUUCUUACUGAUUCAUAUCCAGAACAAAAACUGAUACAACCUUGACACAAUGUAUUUUCAUGGAAAAAUGUGGCAUUAAGUGGUUAAAAUACUUUUUAAGACAGAAUGAUUUUUAAAUGACUUUAUUCUUCUUUUAAUAAGUUGGAAUUAACAGAAUUAGCAGAUGAGCUACACAUUGAAAGCACUGAUAUUUACAUCUAGAUGUGAAUGUAUUUAAGUGUGUGAUUACUUAAAAUGGUCUGUGAACCCCCUGUUGAAAAGACCAGCACUGCUGGUCACCAGCAAACUGUAUAUAAUGUGUUUUUGAUAGUGGUGUCCCCACCAGGCUUCUUAACUACCUUUACUUUAACUACCUUGACCUUUUUGGUCAGUCACCAAAAACAUUCCUGGACAAGCAUGGGCAUUCAUGUUGGUCUAAGCUGGUCUUUUCCUCAGAAUCAUUAAGAUAAUUAAGUUUACUGUCUGUGCAGGUGUCAUUCUAAAAGUACUGUUCUUAAAUGUCUUGUGUUUUCAUGAAGUGCCAAAUUCAGUCAACAGCUGUUACUGCCAUAUCAUGCAUCUAAUCAGAUUGCACUCACAUUAUUUUCCAGUUUUAGUGUAUUUUUAAAAAAAUGUCAAAACUGAUUCAUUUAUAUUUUGCCAGUUUAUGAAAUGUAAUUUAAUGUGAUAAUGUCAGUUAUAGCCUAUAGCAUAUUGAAUGAAUUUGGGGAAAGAGUCCUUGUUUUUCUUUGAGAAGUAUUCCCAUGCCUUCUGAACAAAUCAUAAUGAAGUACUUGUAUUAUACGUAUGUUUAAAACGAAAUGGCCAGUAAACAAGCUUUACUACAAAACUAGAGUUUUGUAUAGACAUAUCAAACUAUUUACCUAACUUUGUAAUGGUUUGAUCUCUUGGAUAAUGUAUGUUUUGUUAUAAUGAUGAUUUUAUUUUUUAUUCACAAUUUAGAAAAUAAUUUUAUCUUACACUUUUAAUAAAAUGUUUCUAUGUAAACCUGAACCAUACCUUUUAAACAUUACCCUCAUACACAUGCCCUCAUUUUUCUCAGCUUUUUGUGUUUUGUUGAGGCGUCAGUGUCUCAAAUACAGGUUUUAAUAUUAUUUUAUCCAACAGAGUGGAACUAUAAAUAAAUAACAAAUACUAUGAAGAACAGUUGAGGGAUAGAUGUAUCAUCAUGUAAGUCUCAAAUGGUCGAAGGUGGUAAUCAGGUUUUAAUACUUACACAGGAGAGUACUGAAUCCAUGUAAUUAAAAUUUUUGGCUCAUAAAUUAUAA